UUAAGGAUCGCGCACGCGGGGCUGCGGAGAUCCUUCGGGCAGCCGCGACUUCGGCCUCGCGACUAGCAUCUGCUCCUUGGGUUCAUUUCGUUUUUCCUCUGUCUUCUCCGGCUUAGCCGCCCCUUUCGUGCUGCGCUCUAGCGUGCUCUCGCAAGCCUUUUUGCCUUGCAUUGGAUGCAGGUGGGAAACAGGUCGGCGUGCCGAAAGACGCCGAGUAGGUAGAAAUAAGGCAUACUCGUAGAGGCGCAACAGGUCCGGUCCUCCGUGGCCAGGGCGAGCCGCGGCCCCGCGCCGCGCCUCGGCCGCUGUCCCUCGGACCCUGAGCAGCCACCGUCGGGGACCGCGGAAGAGGUGUCGCUCCUCUGGGAGUCGGAAGAGCUGCCUGGGAGGGUUUCGUCUUGCUGUUUACCCUACCGCCACCCAGUCCCCGGACUGAGGGCGCUUUUCACCUCCAGCUGGGAGGAAAGAAGAAAGCGGGGUUGGACGCUGAGCAAGGCAAGGGUCCAUCUCCGCUCGCGGGUUCGACUCCACCAACUAGUUGUGCAGCCACAGGGACUGAACUUUGGAGGAAUCGACCUUUGUCUUUCCUUUUAGAAUUAUUUGAGGUGUAGAGGGUGGGAGGCGAAGCCGAGGCGGCCGACCCUGCCAAGAUGCUGGUGAAGAAGCACGCAGGGAAAGGAGGGGGCCGGGAUCCGGGAUCCGAGGACCCGAGCCCUGCCAGGCUGCAAUGUGCCCGGACCAUGCCCCCGUGCGCCGUCCUGGCGGCCCUCCUGUCAGCGGUGGCCGUGGUGUCUUGUCUGUACCUGGGUGUGAAAACCAACGACCUCCAGGCGAGGAUCGCCGCUCUCGAAUCCGCCAAAGGGACCCCUUCCAUUCAUCUGCUGCCUGAUACUCUGGAUCAGCUAAAGGCUAUGGUGCAAGAGAAAGUGGAGCGACUUCUGGCUCAGAAAUCCUAUGAACAUAUGGCUAAAAUAAGAAUCGCAAGAGAAGCACCUUCAGAAUGUAACUGCCCAGCAGGCCCUCCAGGGAAACGAGGUAAGAGAGGCCGAAGAGGAGAAUCUGGUCCUCCUGGCCCUCCUGGUCCUAAAGGUGACAAGGGAGAACAAGGUGAUCAGGGACCUCGGGGCCUGCCAGGCUUCCCCACAGUUGCUGCCCUGCACAGUAAUCAGAUCCUCACCGUCAAGGGUGACCAAGGACAGGCAGGACCUCCAGGACCCCCAGGCCCUCCAGGCCCAAGAGGACCACCUGGGGACACAGGGAAAGAUGGCCCCCGUGGAAUGCCAGGAGUACCCGGUGAACCAGGAAAACCAGGAGAACAAGGCUUGAUGGGUCCUCUAGGGCCUCCAGGACAAAAGGGUUCUAUUGGAGCACCUGGAAUUCCAGGGAUGAAUGGGCAAAAGGGUGAGCCUGGGUUACCUGGAGCAGCAGGACAGGGUGGAAUAGCAGGACCAAAGGGAGAACCCGGAGAACAAGGUGAAAAGGGAGAUGCUGGAGAGAAUGGCCCCAAAGGUGACACAGGCGAAAAGGGUGACCCUGGAUCAUCUGCUGCAGGAAUUAAGGGAGAACCUGGAGAAUCUGGUCGUCCAGGGCAAAAGGGUGAACCAGGGCUUCCUGGGCUUCCUGGACUUCCGGGGAUAAAGGGAGAACCAGGUUUCAUUGGUCCUCAAGGAGAACCAGGCUUACCAGGUUUACCGGGAACUAAAGGUGAACGGGGAGAAGCAGGGCCUCCUGGAAGAGGUGAGCGAGGGGAACCUGGAGCCCCCGGACCAAAGGGGGAUCGUGGAGACAAAGGGGACACUGGAGCUCAGGGACCAAGGGGUCCACCUGGUCAAAAAGGAGAUCAAGGAGCCACUGAGAUCAUAGACUACAACGGCAACCUCCAUGAAGCCUUACAGGGUCCCCCUGGACCUCCUGGACCUCAAGGACUGCAAGGGCCAAAGGGAGAGCAAGGAUCUCCAGGAAUCCCAGGAAUGGAUGGAGAGCAGGGACUCAAAGGCUCAAAGGGAGACAUGGGGGACCCAGGUAUGCCAGGUGAAAAAGGAGGAAUUGGACUUCCUGGAUUGCCGGGAGCCAAUGGAAUGAAAGGAGAAAAAGGAGAUUCUGGAAUGCCGGGUCCACAGGGUCCUUCUAUCAUAGGCCCACCAGGCCCACCAGGUCCCCAUGGCCCACCUGGCCCCAUGGGACCUCAUGGACUUCCUGGACCAAAGGGUGAACCAGGGUUAAAUGGUGUUAAAGGAUUGAAGGGUGAACCAGGUCAAAAGGGUGACAGAGGACCCCUUGGUCUUCCAGGAGCAUCUGGCUUAGACGGAAAGCCAGGAUCCCGGGGUACAGAUGGUCCUAUGGGACCCCAUGGCCCUGCAGGUCCCAAAGGAGAAAGAGGCGAAAAAGGAGCUGUGGGAGAGCCCGGACCGAGGGGGCCCUAUGGGCUGCCUGGCUUCCCUGGUCCACGGGGUGAGAAGGGUGACCCAGGAGAAAAGGGAGAAAAGGUGACCCCUCCAUCCCAGCAUGUGCUGAUUCUUCUCCUGCUGUCUGCUUUGCUGUUCAGCAUGCGUGAUUCCAUUUGA